UGCUCAUUAGAUCGGGGCUGCUUGUACAGUUGGAGUUGAUUGGUUGAACAUUCUGUAAAUAUCAGCCGUGUGGCUAUCCUGUUAUUGUCAAUAAUAAGCAGUGCCUAUAUAUCAAUGAGCAGUAGCAGCGACUGUGGCCAAAACUAUCAGGUUACGUCCAGUAUAACAGACAAAUUUCUGUCUGAGUAUUCAUAUGACUUAUCGUUAUCUCCGGCUGACAAAUCUUAUCGCCGUCGAAAUCAAGAGAAGGAGACAGAGUCAUUUCCUGCUUACUGUCUUGAUCUUCUCUGUGUAGAAUGUACUCCUUCUGCCUUAUAAAGUAAAAUCAUGGGAUCACUACCACUUGACACCCCAGACGCCAGCAUGGUUGACCCAGGCGAGAUGGCCAUCACAGUUCACCACCACGGCAAGCCUCACACGCUCCGCCUCCCCGCGGACGCAACACUCGAAGACCUCACGCUCAGCCUCGCCUCGUCACUGCACAUCCCCGUCGAGAACCAGAAGCUGCUGGUCGCACCGAAGCCGGGCAUGCUCAAGCCGCCCUUUGCAGCCACGCCGCUAGAUGCCGUGCUGCCGCUGGCCUCGCCGCGGCUGAAAAUCACCCUCCUCGGCACCCCAACGCAGGAGAUCGACGAGCUCAACGCGCAGGUCGAGAGCGCCCGGCACAGACUCGCCGCACGGCGCUCCUCGCCCUUUGCCGCCAAACCGGCGCGCACCACACAGAACCACGGCAUACAUACCCUCUCCUCCUCCUCCUCCUCCUCCUCUUCAAAUCACGCCGACUACACUUUCCACCGACUCUUCCCGUUACCGCAUCUCCCAAACCCUUCACGCUCGCUAGGCUUCCUGACCCGCCUGCGCGACGACCCGGGAAUCCGCUUCGCAAUGACGAAACACCGCUUCUCCGUGCCCCUCCUGACAGAAAUGGACCCGGCAGAACACACGACGCUCGAGUCGCGCACGCUCGGACUCAACCGGAACAAAGGCGAGGCGAUCGAGCUCCGGCUCCGCACAGACGCCUACGACGGCUACCGCGACUACCGGACUAUCCGGAAGACGUUGUGCCAUGAGCUCGCGCACUGUGUUUUCAGCGAACAUGAUCGGCACUUCUGGGAUCUCACGGCCCAGAUCGAGCGGGAGGUCGAGCGCGCGGACUGGAAAUCAGGCGGGAGCAGACUCUCCGACCAGGAGUUUUAUAACCCGGCCGACUGGGAGAGAGAGCAGGAAGAGGACCAUCCCGUUGACGAGAGGGGGUGGACGGGUGGGCAGUUUGUCUUGGGUGGGGGGGGUGCACAUCCUGUUCAGGACCAGGGUGCAAGUAGAAGGGAUAUACUUGCCAAAGCGGCGGAGGAGAGGAUGAAGAGGGAGGGGAAUAAAUGAUAAUCUUUAUAUUAUACCCGAGCAUGUUUUAUACCAUUUACAUUAUACGUUACGAAUAAUGCGAUGAUUAUACCUCAUUUACAAACAAACCAGCCAUCCCCUGCCCCGUACCAAUACACAUACUAG